CACUGUCUCCUCAAUCCACCAUGUCGGCACCUCGCAGGUACUGGAUAAUGCUCGCACUUGCAUCCUGCACUGUUGUAUCUCUUGGGAUGAACUCUAUCAGCAUGAGAGAUAGGCAACGCUCGGAGCGCACGAUAUUGACUACGCAACAGUCUGUCCUCCGCGAACUCAAUAUACGGUACCGGCGAGGCGAGCGUGUUCCCGAGAAUGAAGAGGCACGAUUACUUAGGCUCGCGAACAUUCGAGUCAAUAAGAAGGAGGAGCAGAAGACGACGGUAAUGCAGGCCAUUUUUGGCAGGCAGCCAACGCCGGCGGAUGAGGCGAAGGAGUUGGAGAAGUUGAAGCAGUUUUGGGAGGAAGCUUUGCGAGAAGACGAGAGCCAGAAGAGCACGUUACCCUAAUCUGGACUCCAGAUUACAGAGUGUCCUCGGCCACUGCCCGUCACCAGCACUGUCUCCGCGUGGCUAGAAGCCCAGUCACGAAUCAGCUCUCGCCUCGCCAGGGCCGCAUCGCCCGGAGAAGGAAAUAACCCCGGUCCGUGUGUGCAUCCCGGGCCCAUUAUGGGCAUUGUUACCGCAUUGUCGUCGCAUCUUACGGAAUCUGCGCAAUCUCAUACCGAAGAAAUGACGCCUUCCGACUGCCGACACGGGAUCCACAUCCCUAGAGCAGGUUUCUCCAUUCGGUACUUUCGGUACGACAACGCUAUUUUCAGGUUCACAAUGUCGAUUUCCACAAGACCCGUGCCGAACUUCAUAUGCC